AUGAUGAAAAAUGUACGAUUUGAGGAUCUAAAGGUUUCCGUGAAGGCGAGACGUAAGGAAGACAUUCGGGUAAAGGAUGAAGAAUGGGCAGAUACAUUUCCCGUUUUCGUGUUGAUGCUGAUGCAAAAUAUCUACUUUGCUCAUCGCGGGAGUUUAAAUGAGCCGAAUAACGCAUUUCCUGCCGGCAAAAGUAAACAGGAAAAGAAAAAAGAGAAUUUCUUGUCUUCUGCUGGACUUUUGUAA